AUGUCUACGCCGUCGCCCUCUGGGGCCCCCAAAACACCGCCGCCGGUUAUGAUACCGGUCACCCCUAUGCCGGACACGAUUUGCGUCCCGGCUCUACCCCACACGACGGCGCAGCCGGCCAAAAGAGCCCGGACUGCAAACGAGGAAGACCGUCAUGCCCACUUCACCGCCACUGCCAACCCCAUCGAACACAUCUCGUCCACCACGAGAAACGUCAUCUCCGCUACCAUUGCCAAAACCGAGGUCUACCGGACCUUUGCUACCUUCAUUGACACCGAACUCGCCCGCGUCUCGGUCAUAUCUCCAGCCCACGCCCGCGAAGUCCAAAGCCUCGCACGGACCAUCACCGCCGCAUUGGAGGCCACCCCGGGAACAGCCUCGCCUACCCCGGACUCCAUUUCCCCAGCAGUCAGGGGAAAAAGACCCGCCACAUUCGCGGAGAUAGCCAAAGGCUCAAACUCCGCCUCCGCCUCCGCCUCCGCUUCCCGCGCUACCCCCCACACCUCCGGACUUACCCGCAAGGCUACUCCGACUCCCACGUCGCCCCAGAGCGAAGGCCGUGUCUUCCUACGGCUCGACAAGCAUUCCCCCUAUGGGGACACGGAGACCUUCGCCAUUCGCCAAGAAGUGACGAAACUCCUCCGCCUCCCCUCCACCGACAUUGCCGGAUGCCACAAGGUCCCUACCGGAUUCGCCCUUGUGCCUAAGAACGAUGGAGCUCGCCAGACCCUCCUUGCCCGAAAGGAUGAGAUUGGAGCCCAUUUCGGCUGUGUCCAGGUCGAAGUACCUAAGAAAUGGGCCACAUAUGCCGUCCAGAACGUGCCCAUGACGAUGCGUCUGGGUAUGGCCCCCGUAGACACUACGGCCGCCAUCGAGGAGGAAGUCUUCGUCCAAACCGGCCAGAAGGCCGUCGCCCUCCGCCCCUCCCAGCACUACCGUCCUGGCGAGGCCUUUACAACCUGGCUGAUCUCCUUCGAAAAGCCUGUGUCUUCCUUUCGCCUCUUCGACGACAGCAACGUCAGCCGCCUCGUCCAAAAGAGGCGCCCACUCGACCAGUGCGCCAAAUGCCUAGAAUGGCACGGCCGCAAGGCGUGCCCCCGUGUUGCGCGAUGCUUCCAAUGUGGACAGGCUGCUCAUGGCGAGUGUGACCGCCACACUCAGUGUGCCAACUGCCGAGGCCCCUUCGAGUCUACCCACGACGGUUGCCCUAUGCGACCAAAACGCCAGGGAGAUACUGUCAUCCGCCCGACCCCCCAACAACGCAGCGACAUUCGUCGCAACGGUGGCAUGCUUUCCAGCAAGAAGUAUGACCGUCCUGCACCUCGUGACAGUGAGGAAGAUACCGCCAUGUCUUCCGACGAGCUGCCCAGCCACAGCUUUGCACCCUCCGGCCCGGAGAACUCGGACAGCCCUGACGAGGAUACGAUCGUGGUCCAGCUGAGCGACUACACGUCCUCCGACGACGCAAUCCGUCACUCUAGCCGCCACAAAACGCCCUCCAAGAGGGCCGCUGCACGCGACACGCACGAGAUUGCCCUCCAAGCUGCUAGUGAGGCUGGAGCGGACGUGAUUAUGAUCCAGGAGCCACGAACAUGGUUCUACGAGGACCGCUGCGGUAUUCCCGGGCACCCCCUUUACGCUCUUUACACUCCUGCCCGCACAUGGAUAGAAGACGCUGCUACUCACCCACGCGUCGCUACGUACGUUCGUAACGGAAUGGCAGCAGGAGGGUACACACUCGGCGAUACCAGAGAUCUACUAUGGGUAAAGACGCAGGGUGUCACUUUCGUUAAUAUUUACCGCCGGUCAAAUGAUGCAUCAGCCCUCGAGCUCCUGCAGAACUGGCAACCAACGACAAAGACACUCCUCGCUGGUGACUUCAAUGCCAAACACCACACCUGGCAACCCGGAGCGGAAACAUCAGAAGGUGCAACGCGAAUUAUCGACUAUGUUACAGAGCAUAGCCUCGACUUGCUGACGGCACCUGGCGUCCCUACCCACAACUGUGGUAAUACCAUCGACCUCACCUUUUCGAACAUACCACUCUGCUCGACAAGGAUUGCUCCAGAGGCGGACUGCGGCUCAGACCACCAAGUCUGCAUUACGGACAUCCCUACACACCCGGUAGAACUCCCUCGCCGUCGACUGGUCCUUCGCGAAGACCCAGAGGCUAUUAGACUGUAUGCUGAAAACGUCUCAUUUCUCAUGGGUUCGGUCCCGCUCCUCCCUACAGGCGAGGACUCCCCGGAAAGGCUCGACGAGCUCGCCGAGGCCCUCUGCAACGUCCUUACAGAGGCCCUCCAAAUUUCUUGCAGGCCCUCGAGACCUGAGAAGAACGCAAAGUGGUGGAACAAGACGUGUGCACAGGCCUCUAGAAUGUUCCGCAACUAUCGGCACAACAACCCGAAUCCCAUCCCCCAACGGGUAGAAGCUCUUCGGCAAGAGUUUAAAAGGGUAGUCAGAGAAGCAAAGCAGCUGUUCGUCGACGACUUCAUUACAAAGGCGCGAAAUGACCAGGACAUCUUUCGGAUCGUGGCGUGGCACAAGCCCCGUGACCAAAUGGAGGCUCCACCGCUAGUUAUCAAUGGGCAGACCAUCAUUGAGCCAGAAGCCAAGGCGGAGGCACUCCGUACGGCCCUUCUAGAAAGAAACAGCGAAGAGGAAGAUCUCGAAACUGGCUGGGUACCCACGGUACCACGCCGUUGCCUAUCCUGGUCGUCCGUCGUCCAUGCGGACGAAGUCUACAAAACCCUCUGCGGUACUGGCAAUACGUCCCCCAGCUCCGACGGCAUUACGGUCCGUAUGUUGAAAGCAUCCUGGGAAUCCAUUAAAGACUCUGUCCAACGGCUCUAUCAGGGCUGCGUCGCUACCGGCUACCACCCCCAAGUCUUUCGACGGGCGGAAGUGGCUAUGAUACCAAAAGCUGGCAAGGACCAAACUACGGCCAAGGGAUGGCGGCCCAUCUCACUCCUGUCCUGCCUUGGAAAGGCAUUGAACGCCUUAUUGGCAGGAGGAUCGCUUGGACGGCUAUUUCUAACGGGGUCUUAA